AUGCGGAAGGAAGCAAAGAUACCCGUUAAUCAAUCUCUUCACUGCACUCGAGAGGGUUAUCGGGAAUCUCGGGUUAAGGUAGCAACUCGGGCAAAUAGAAUAAUAGCCACGAGAUGCAGAGCAAGGAUGUAUGUCAUGCUGGACAGGGAGAAGGAAUGUUGGGUUGUGUCUAGGUUAGAAUUGAGGCAUUUUCACCCCUGUUCGGCUAAGAAAGCUGUCCACUAUCAUGAGUAUAGGGAGUUGACCAUGCAUGCUAAGUGCGUCAUUACGGAUAAUGACGAGGCUGGCAUAAGACCCAACAAGACGUAUCUAGCACUGGCAAACGACGUUGAUGGGUCUUCAAACCUGAGUUUUCUAGAAAAGGAUGUUAGAAAUUACAUCACAAGCAAUCUCCGAUACUCCGAUGACAAUGAGGACUUCCAGGGGAUGAUGACUUAUUUCGUUCGAAUAAAGGAGAUCAAUCCCAACUUCUUUUAUGCCAUAGAUGUUGACGAUGCUAAUAAAUUUAGGAGCGCACUAUGGGUAUAUGCAAGGUGCAGGGCUUUGUAUGAAUACUAUAGAGAUGUGGUGUCGUUCGACACCACUUACAAAAGAAACAUGUCUGUAUACUUAUUGGUGAAUUGCAAGAGCAGUUAUUUGUUAAAUUUGUCUUGUUGCCUCACAGUUGUUUUUGCUAUUUUCACAGGCAUGGUCUAUCAUUUGCAUCCUUUGUCGGUGUAA